UGCACUGCAGAGAGCAGCGUUAAGCUUGCAUCUGUACACUGGACUGCGUGAGGGCGCAGCUAUAAGGCUAGAGAGAGCAAGGGAGCUGGCUGGCGGGAGAACCUGGAGAACAGCCCGGGGAAUCCUUGCUGUGCGAUUGAAGGAGAAAGGAUUCUGCUCCUAGAAGGCUGUGGAGAGCUAGGCUGGUCUUCCUGAGUCCUAGCCUAGGCUCCUAUCCCAACCUGAUGUGCUUCUGGGGAAACUGUUUCCGGUCCCUAGUGUGAGCUUUGCUAAAUUUUCAGAUUAUGGCGGUGGAGAUGCUCCAGGACUGGUGCAGGUGGAUGGGUGUCAGCGCUCGUAGGGGCUUGCUUAUCCUGGGCAUCCCGGAGGACUGCAGUGAAGCUGAAUUCCAAGGGUCCCUGCAGGCUGCCCUGUGGCCCAUGGGCCACUUUACUGUGCUUGGCAAAGUGUUUCGUGAGGAGGAUAAUGCCACUGCGGCCCUGGUUGAGCUUGACCAGGAAGUCAACUAUGCUUUGGUCCCAAGGGAAAUCCUAGGCACUGGGGGGCCCUGGAACGUGGUCUUUGUGCCCAGUUGCUCCAGCGAGGAGCUUCUUGAUCGUGUUUUCCACUUCUUGGAGCAACAGGGGCAGACAGUGGACAGUGUACCUGGAGACCCGGGUCUGGAGCUGGACAGAGUGUGCAGGCUCCAGUCAGUUAGUCAGGCAAUCCAGCCCUGGGUGGAUACCUUGCGGUACCAGCGCUUGGGUAUGUUUUCUGGGAGCGUUCAGCCAGCCCCUGGGGAGGAAUCCUUUGAGGCCUGGCUAGACCACACCACUGACAUGUUUCGGGUGUGGCAAAGGGUCCCAGAAAGGGAGAAGAGGAGACGGUUGCUGGAGGGCUUGCGGGGAACUGCUUUGUACCUUGUACAGGGGCUGUUAGCAGAGAAUCCAGCAAAGACUGCAGAGGAGUGCCUAGAGGCUCUGACCCAAGUGUUUGGAGACAAUGAGUCUCAGGCCACCAUCCGAAUCAAGUGUCUGACUGCAAAACAGCAGCCGGAUGAGCAGCUCUCUGCCUUUGUGUUGAGGCUAGAAGUCCUGCUGCAGAAAGCCAUCCAGAAAGGGGCUCUCGAGAGAACCUCCGCGGAUGAGUUGCACCUGAGGCAAAUGCUCACCAGGGCUAACCUGACUGAGCCUCUGGAGGAAGCUCUGAGGAGGCUAAGAAUGAUCGGGAGAUCUCCAACUUUCCUGGAGUUGUUGGGGCUCAUACGGGAAUCUGAGGAAUGGGAGGCAAGACUAGCCAGCAACAUGGGAGCCCAGGUGGAGGAUGAAGUUGGUGAUCUGGCUUCUGUCCAAGCUGAUGGCAGAGCCAGUGCUAAGGCAGAAGAUGAGGUGGAGGAGCAGGCAAAGGACGAGGUUGAGGAGGAGAUAGAAGACCAUAACCCAGACCACGGCCCUGUAGACCCAAGCCAGACAGGAUCCUAUGAGGCCCCUGGGGCUCCCACCCCAGUACAGAUGGGCAGUAAUCUUAGAGAGUGCCCAGGAGGGCCAGACUGGGUGCUGGGCAGUCUUGCCUAGGCAGGAGAACAUAAGGCAGAGGACCCCAUCCUGUACCAACCUAGAAGUAUUGCUGAAGGGUCAGCCCCAAAGUAAAGGAGCGGGCCUGCAGAUAUCUGCUAUACCCUCUGGCCUGGGAGAGAUUAGGGAGAAAUAGAUCCUGACUGCCUGGCUCUUCUACCCAGUUAGCAUCUCCAGGCAGGUUUAUGACACUGCCUUGGGAAUCUCAUCCUUAUCUGUUCUACUCACAGUGACCCAGGUAUUCAGUGAGUACACACUUUAAUACUAGCUCUCCCAUCCAUCACACCCUAGGCAAAGUAUAUCAGUCCCUGAGUUACCCUGCUAGCCACUACUGUAGCCCAGCUUGUGUUGUGACCUUCCAUGCCAGCCAAGGCCCUAUUUGCUCUGCUCCUAUCUCGUGUUGUGUAUUCCUGGACAUCUUUCUUGAUAUACUUAGAGGCCAGCAACUUGCUGCUUAUUCCCUGCAGAUGUGUGUGUUCUUACCUGAGAAGGUGCUCUACAGAUAUCCCAAGACAAGCCCUUGGAACUAGCAAAAAGUAUGGGUGAUGGCAAUCAGCGACUGGCUGAUGCUCAUCUUGUGACUGAUUACAAUCUGGGGUGGACACAAAGACCUGGACUAAGGAUGGAUGGGCUCGGAGAACCAAGAUUCAAUGUUCCACUCUUGUUGUUACUUUUGUUAUUACUUGUGACAACAGUUCUUCAGUUUGACAAGAUGUUCCUUUCAGUGCUUUCCAGUGUCCAGAAUAAUUCAGGAUCACCCUACAGUGGGUGAUUCUUCUAGAGAGUUCCCCCAAAAUAAAGAACACUUCCAGAUGCCAUCAUUCUGUAAAGAGGUGUAUCAGGGGUCCCUGGGAAGGAAGAAGCUGAGGCAAGUAGGCCUCAGUAUGGCCAGUAGAUGAGAUCCUUUCUAAUGAAUCACAGAGUAGGAAAAGGUGGGACCUGUGGCCUCUAACAACUGGGGGAAUUUCUGUGCUGUC